AUCUGUAAGUAACCUUGGUAACAAAAAAAAGCCAAGCACGUGAGCAGGAUGCAAUGCGAUCCGUAAUAGGUUAUAAUGCAAUAAUGACUAAGCAUUAGGGCUGUUUAAAUAACGGAUGUUCGAUAUAGCUCAUGCUUUCUUUCAUCCCAAUGCACUGAGCUCGGUUUCAUUUCCCGGCUCAGGUCACAUGCUCGCUCGGGAAUAAUAAUGGCUGCACAGGAACCGUCCCCUCCGUCUUCACUGGAAGGCAACAAGCCGGGCUUCCCGAGGAAAAUCCUUGCCAACAAGCUGGAAGAAAAGCAUCUGUGUAACAUCUGUCAGAAAAUCCUACGGAGGCCUUUUCAGGCGCAGUGCGGACACCGAUUCUGUUCCUACUGCUUUAACAAAACAGUGAGUUCUGGUCCCCAAAAAUGCAGUGCUUGUAUAAAAGAAGAUAUAUUUGAGGAGCCAACAUCGAUUCUGAAACAGGGCUGUGCUUUUCCUGACAACGCUGCUAAGAGAGAAGUCGAAGCCCUCGAAGCAGUUUGUAUCAACGAAGGCUGCAGCUGGACAGGAACCAUCAAGGAAUAUGAGGCUACCCACGAGGGACAGUGUGAUUUUAUGAUCAUCCCGUGUCCGUCCUGCAAAGAGCUCCUGAGAGCCAACGAACUUGAACGUCACAACGAGCGCGAAUGCCCAGAGAGGACUCUGAACUGCAAAUACUGCAAAGAACCUUUUCAUUUUAAAAACAUUAAGGCCCACGAUGAGAUUUGUCCAAAAUACCCAAUGAUUUGUGAAGGCUGUGCGAAGAAGAAAAUUCCCAGAGAAAAGUACGUGGAUCACAUUAAGCUGUGUACCAAAUUCCGCACCCCAUGCAGAUUUCACGUUGUUGGCUGCGACAUGUCUGUGGAGAAGGAGAAGAUCCAUGAGCACGAGCGGGCGUGCUCGUACGAGCACCUGAAUCUGCUGCUGCACUUUAUCAUGGGCAUCAAGGUGAGCGUGGAGAGCCUGCAGCCGCAGGGCCUGGAACUGGCCAGCCACAAGCUCAAGGAGCUGCAGCAGUCUCUGUGCGAGCUGGAAGUCAAGCUGGGUCAGCUGAGCGCUGGGGCUCCCGUGCAGGGGCCCUGCGUGCCGUGCGCGCCUGCGCCUAAUCCUCCACCUCCUGCGCCACCCGCACCCACCCUGACCACCUCAUUCACCCCAUUGCCCAGCGCUGUCGGCGCCGCCCUCGAGCUGCAGCUGCACAGCGAGAAGACCAAGGUGGCCGAGCUGAGCCGUCGCUGCCAGGAGCUCGAGCUGAAGGCCAGCACCUUCGAGAACAUUGUGUGCGUGCUGAAUCGCGAGAUGGAGCGCUCAGCCACCACCAUGGAGGCUUACAACCGCCAGCACCGGCUCGACCAGGACAAGAUCGAGAUCCUCAACAACAAGGUACGUCAGCUGGAGAGGACGGUGGGGCUAAGGGAUCUUUCCAUCGUGGAGAUGGAGAGCAAGAUGAGAGAAAUGUCAGCCGCCACCUAUGACGGCGUGUUUGUGUGGAAGAUCACAGACUUUGCCAAGAAGAGGCAAGACGCUGUAGCUGGAAGAGCCCCAGCCAUGUUCUCACCUGCAUUUUAUACAAGCAAGUAUGGCUACAAGAUGUGUUUGCGCAUCUACCUGAACGGGGAUGGAACAGGGCGCGGCACUCACUUGUCUCUGUUCUUCGUGGUGAUGAGGGGACACAGUGAUGCCUUGCUUAAGUGGCCUUUUAACCAGAAGGUCACCCUGAUGCUGCUUGACCAGAAUAACAGAGAGCACAUCAUUGACGCCUUCCGGCCCGACAUCUCGUCCUCGUCGUUCCAGAGACCUGUCAGCGACAUGAACAUCGCCAGCGGAUGCCCUCUCUUCUGCCCCCUCCCUAAGCUCGACUCCAAGAACUCCUACAUCCGUGAUGACACCAUCUUCAUCAAGGCCAUUGUUGACCUCACUGGCCUUUAAGGCUGUUAGGCAGCUCUUUUCACUCCUCCAGCCUGCUGCGCUCGGUUUUCAGUGCCGUUCUUUCGGAGGCCUGAGACCUCUAGCAGAUCUCUGAUAGGGGCCCUACGCACCCCUGAAUGACUCCCAUUCCCAGGGCCGUGUUACUUUACAUCGCUCUACAUUAAUGUUGCCAACCCAAAUUGUGCCUGGAGUUUGUGCAGUUUUGCUGUAAUAUAGUUGGAAAGUUCUCUCCUUAUUCCCCUUAGCGGGAAUAGCGGUCAGCAGUGAUUGUAAUGUAACUAUCGGUGCCCGUUUUGGCACUUCUGCCUUUUCUAGAGAUCGAGAGAGGACUUUUCCUCACAGGAUAGGGGUCAUUUCACCUUCAGGAGCUUUGCUUGUGCUGUAGCCAAUGUUUGAGGCUUGGCGUUUACUUUUCGGUGUUUGAACUACUUCCGUGUUUCUUUUGCAUAGACAGACGUGGAGUUUCAAUAACAAUGAAUGACGCUAACGAAUUCUUUUGCUCCUAUAUAGUUCCUUAAUCUUGCUUAAUCUAAUAUCUAACCGCUCUGAGUGUAUCACAUCUUCUCGCCUCUCCUCUAUGUACGUGGUGGUGAACAUUGCUCGAAUUCCAUGAAAUUCCGAAAGCGCAAUUUGGGUUUUUUUUUUUUUUUCCCGAGCCUGCUUGUGUUUGAGGUAUGUGUACGUGCAGGUCUCCGUUUCCUUCCUUACCAUUUUUUGGUGUUCUUUGCUGUAUUAGUUUGCAUGUUGGAUCUGUGGAAGAUACAUUCAAGUUAGCAAAAGUGCAGGUUUGCACCUUGAACCUGAGAAGCGAAGGCAGUUUCAUUGUAACUCCCUGGCAGCGAAAAAUAACGACACACCGCUGUUAGUUUAAACGCUCCGAUUCUUUGCCUCUCAUGCCUAAGUGUAGCCCAUCAUUUCACUAGGAGCAGAUAGGAUCAUCCUGAGCACAAGGCAGCAAGGCAUCUGGGAUUUACACGAAACACACUAACUGGCAGCUUUUAGCCUAAUCUGAGUGGAGACGUAGACUAGGACAGAAACUCGUGCUUUCUUGUGGCGUGAAAGGGCUGGUGUUGAAUUGUACUUUGGUGUUUUCUCGUUCUGAGUGUUAUCUUGAUGUUGUGCUGCUUUGGGCAAAAGUGAUUAUUGGCCCUCCAACUAUAACUUACUCUUUUAAACUAGAAUUAGCCGAAAGGGACUAUUCUUUAGUCACUCCUGUUUUGUCGCUAUACUAUAAAGGUUCUCUAUGGGUUUAACACUUUGUGAACAUACUAGAAACAUGUGGUUGUUAACGGAGCUAUGUGUCGUGUAAGUGGUAAUCAUAAACCGUUUAAAAGAUUACAAGCAUUAAACAAAAGUCACGGAUUUACAUUCGUUACCACAGCUCCUGUUGUCCCAGGCGACUUUGUGAGGGAGGGAAAAGAAAAAAAAUUGCUCUCAGCAUCGACGUUUGUCAUUAAACGCCACGGCGCACGAUCAGGCAGAAGAAGUCGGCUGAAAUAUUCGCACAUUUGUACGGCGGACAACGGGGCUAACUCUGGAAGCAAAGGACUACUAAUUAUUAAUUAGUAAUUACACAACUGCUAAUCCUACCUGUAGCACCUGUAAGCCAUCAUAAGAUCAGAUAGGUUCCAUAAAAUACACGCGAUCACCUCAAGAGAAGCGGUAGUGUAGGUUUUCCUUUUGUUUCCUUUUGUUUUGUUUUUCUUUCUUUUUUUUUUUAGGAACCACAGUGAGCAUCGCUACACCUAUACAGUGUAUGACUCUUCCAUCCUAAGGGCUUACAGCAUACAGUACGUCUUCCAUACGAGGUUUCCGCUCCGACCCUUUUUCCUAGAUGGAGUCUGAGAUGCUUUUUAUUUAUCUAUUUAUUUAUUUGUUUGUUUGUUUGUUUAUUUUGUAAAACAAAACAAAAAAAAAUCAGACAAAAAAAAAAGAUGCCUUCAUGCUACCCAAGCACCUAGACCCAGCCUAUUUUCAAACCAGUUCCGACAGACGUUGAAACCUCUCUGUGCAUGAGAUGUUUCAAUAAAGCAAAAAACAAAAAAAAACACAAAAAAAAAAACAAAACAACCAAACACACAUAUUGUAAAGUAUCGGUUUACUUCGUAGACCAACAUUUUAUUUGUAUUGCUUUUACUUUAUUAUCUGUUGAAAUGCGGUAUACGACGGUUAUAAAUGUGAAUGUGUUAUAUUGCUUAUUUAAGUAUAAAUAGAUAUACUAUUAUACAGUACACACAGUUGUCUGACUGUACGCUGUGCAUAUAAUGAAUAUUUAAUUAUAUAUCUAAUAUAGAUUCUAUUGAGUAAUAAUAUAUGUACUAUUUCCUGUUGGGAUGGUUUAAAAAUGUGUUCGGGCGCUUUUUUAAUUUAUUUAUUUAUUUCUAUUUUGGGCUUUAGCAAGUUCUCCACUCAUCACUAGUCAUCAUACGAGGAAACAAGUCUUUUCGAAAAGAUCUGCUGGUUUUUUCACCAUGAUGUUAAAUUGGCGCUUGCUCGUUUCGGCCCAGUGACAUUUCAGCGCGUUUUAUUUGACUUUUUUUGUAAAUAGGUGACGUGCCUCUGUAGUAUAGCUCAUAUGACGCAUCCUAUCUCUUUCUACACGCCAGCUUAAGCAACCACCGCAUGCUGCAGGUGUGCCGUGUUCGUGAGCCAUCCGUACGAGGUUCUAGCAUAUAUUCCAUUAAACACUUUGCCUUUUUUCAAUCGACCUUGCAUUAUUUGUCGUAAUGCGUACAUUACAGUUCAGCUUGUGCAAUUAUACAAGUGACCUUCCUAUAGUUUGAGUGGAAUCUAGCGCGUUCAUCCAGACAGUGGGUUGGAUUUUUUUCUUUUCAAUCCGAAAGCUAGGCUUUUGCUAGACACACUACAUUUGCAGGAGUUUCGCCUGCAGCCGUUUAAAUGUAUAUUAACUCUCAUGUGCUAUACUGAAUUGACCGUAUUUUCUUAUGUUUUUACAUUUGAAGCAAAAGCUCUAAAAGUCCUUUCUUAGAUUACCAGUCUACUACUUGUACUUGUUAUUUGUGUACAUUUAAUAAAUUGUGUUGCCGGUUUAUAUCCUUGUAAGACAUCCGUCUUGCAGCGCCAUUAACAUUUCCAGUGCAGUUUACUUUGGAAAACUUGUGAUGACCUGCGACUAUCGUGAUUCUUUUCUCCCUUUACAAUGAUUUAACCCUCUGACAUCUUCAAUAAAUGCUUUUCUGACCUCACCGUGAUGAAA